CGUUCGAUAAACCGAAAUCGAAACCCGAAAUCGAAGCCGUCGUUUAGUAAAUCCGCAGCAAGCAAACCGCUCAGUAGUUCAAUUUGUGGAGCUGUCUGGCUGAUUUGCGUUCCAUUCACCGUACCAGUGUAAAAUCCAGGCGACUACGCUUAGCGGUAAAAACACCCACACACCCACGCACAACAAAUUACAGAGACGAGGCGCCAAAAAGAGCCACUUUUCAAACGGUUCGAUUCGAGUACAGUUUAAACACACAGGAACGCAGAGCCCCAAACAUCAGCCAAAAUGUCUGAUCGCAAGGCCGUGAUUAAAAAUGCCGACAUGAGCGAGGAGAUGCAGCAGGAUGCCGUCGAUUGUGCGACACAGGCCCUCGAGAAGUACAACAUUGAAAAGGACAUUGCGGCCUACAUCAAGAAGGAGUUCGACAAAAAGUACAAUCCCACAUGGCAUUGCAUUGUCGGUCGCAACUUUGGAUCGUAUGUCACCCACGAGACGCGCCACUUUAUCUAUUUCUAUUUGGGCCAGGUGGCCAUUUUACUGUUUAAGAGCGGUUAAAGUAUUGUCGAGUCGGAUGAAGUGGUGGUGAGGAGGCUGAUGGAGAUGCAGCAGCUGCCCCGCCAGCAGCAACAACAACAGCAGCAGCAACAGCAGCAGGGGCAGCAGUCGCAUUUCGGGGCAUCAGAGGAUGAGGAUCUAGAGCAGAAACAGCAACAACCACAUAAUCAACCACAGAAAACACAGCACCAACAACAGCAGCAGCAGCAACAAACAGAAGAACAUCUCAAGGAUGCGGAAAUGAUGACCGAUAAGCCAAGCGGAAAGCAGCAGCAACAGCCACAGCAAGAACAGUACCAACAAAAGCAAUCUGAAGAUUUGGAUAUGGAACUAACCGACGAUCAGGGUGUAGAUGAGGAUGGGGAGAAUGAGCAGGAGGAAGCUGACGAAGACGACGACGACGACGGCGAUGGCGAAGAUGACGAUGACGAUGAUGGCACCAUCGUGGAGGACAGCGAUGCCACCAGCUGCAGCAGUUGUCGUCGAGCCGAACUGGAAGAUAAUCAGCAAGAGCAGCAAAUGUCUUCUCCCCAAAAAGAUCGGGAAGAUGUCACCUAGAUGCAUCAACGGGCAAUCUCUUCCACACAAUGGAGAGGAUGCACACGAAAUAUUCUAGCAUGUCUAUCGGAUGCAUGGAAUACCUAUUUGUUGGUGGUAUAGAUUGAACCAUAUGCUGAGUAACUUAAAAUGAAAGAGCGAAACAAUGUUCGAUAAGAAAGCGCUACUAGUACACACAAUAUACACAACAAGAAACUGAGGAACUUGUUUACAAGCAUGAACCAGCGCUGUUUAGUUUUGAAAUCACCAUUUCCCAUCCCAAGCUUCGGCAUGUAUAAAUUAAUACUAUAGUUUAGAAUUAGCCAUUGGCUACCAUUUGGAUUGCAUUCGCGCGCCCCAUGUUUCGAACUUCUGUUGAAAUACUUAUAUUUUUUAUUUGGCAAAUGUAUUUUGUGCUGGCCCUUUGUUUGACCUCAUAAUUUACUUAUGAAACCUGCAAUUGCGUAAUUAAAUAAUUGUUAACUAGAAAUGAACCAAAAA